AUGGCUUUAAGAGUCGAACAACUGUCGCAUUAUGGCCCGUCCAUUUCUGUAAAGUUUCACGGCAACUAUGUGUUCGCCGGAUAUGGUGUAUACGUUCAAGUUUACGAGGUUUUCAGCGGCAAACUGUUGAACGAGUGCCGGGUGUUUCAGCGGAACAAAGUGCACGGUUUGUCGAUUAAAAACGAUACUGUUAUGGUUUAUGGGGCACGUUCUGUGAGUAUUGUGUCCGUGGCUAGUCUUUUGAGCUCGCGGGACCAGUUAGGGUUAGAAAAACUGUGUCCUGAGUGGAUUACUAGUGCAGAAUUCAGUUUUGAUGGAAAAACCGUUUUUCUGCUAACUAGCUACAAUAAAGUGCUGUGUUGCGAUCUUGGACUUGUAGUGCUAAAAACCAGGGCUGUAUACGGGGAAAGAUCCAUUUUAUACUCCGGAACAAUCACCGUUAGAGGCACAGAAAAGGUUCAAAUCAACGCAGGUACCGUGAUGGACGGCGUGUUGGUUUGGGACCUUUUUUCCGAGCAGAACAUGCAUCAUCUUACAGGGCACGAAGGCUCAAUCUUCUAUGUUACAGCCAGCAAAAAUGGGCGUUAUGUGGCAAGUUGUUCCGAUGACCGUUCCAUCAAACUGUGGGACCUGGAAUCAGGCAAUUUGCUUUCUACCGGAUGGGGCCAUAGCGCGCGUAUUUGGAAUCUGCAGUUUUUUGAUAACGAUUCAAAGCUUAUGAGUGCUUCAGAAGACUGCACAUGUCGCGUGUGGAAUGUGUGUCAAUCGACAUGCGUUUUAACGCAGAGUGAGAGUUACGAGGUUCAUAUGAGCAAAAGUGUGUGGGGCCUAGAUGUAGAUUCAGAUAGAAUGAUUGCAGUCACCUCAGGCAAUGACGGUCGCAUUAAGUUGACGGAUUUGAAAUCUCGCAGUAGAGUUGGCGAUGAAAUCCAGUCAUUCUCCUUAGAAGACAUCUCAGCUCAUGGUAUGAGCUUUUCAAGUAAAGAAAUCAUCAAAGGAUUUUUUUGGCUUCGUUUUGGACUUGUAGUGAUAACAUCAGAAGGCAGCAUGAUAAAAUACAAUGAUUUCAAUGCCACCUGGUCCCCUGUCUUCACAAAUCAUAAGUUCAGAAACUUUUCCGUAAUGACGGGCGUCCAGAAACUCAAUCUAGUGAUCUUGGCAAAUGGCGUUGGCGAUAUUCUUAUCGUCAAGUUUUCUGAAGAUGGCAGUCAGAUUUUAGAAACCCUAGAAGCAGCGGUUCCUGAACUUUCCAAAGUUACAAAUUGUCUUGUCGAUAGUUUCAAAGACGAUCUGUUCGUGAUUCUUCAGUCUCCCAACCCGAAAGAUCAUCUUCACUGUUUCAAGAUUAACAGCAGAUCUUUGGAAGUGUCAGCAAUGUAUAGAUUCCCGCGGCCUCAUAAUUUCAGUGCCAACUGCAUGGCUUAUCAUAACAACUAUUUGUUAAUUGGCUCAAAAUUCAGCUCGUUGGCGGUAUUCAGCCUCACUGAUGAUCAUCAGCCCCCUCAUCUUUUGAAUAGGUUGCUUCCGGGGGACACGAUAACGUCUCUCACGUUUGUGGAACAAUUAAAUGACGGUAAAUGCCUAUUUUCCGUCACCGAUCGCGACGGCUUCUAUUGCUUUACUGCCAUCAAUAUGGAAACGGGUGAGGCGGAGAGUGUUCUUCAGAAUAGAACCUCGAAAAGAUUUUUGGAGGGUGCAUUCUACGAUGUAAAUGGCGACUAUAUCACGUAUGGAUUCAAAUCCAAUUACUUUGAGAGUUAUAAUGAGACGCAGCAAUUCGAGAUAAUGAAUGAACUUUGCGGCGGCUCUCACCGCCAGUGGAUUUUUUCACCUAACUAUGGAUCGAACGAAUACGUCUUCGCUUACGUUAAAGCUUCUCGCUUAAAUAUAAGAAAGCUGCACAAACCCACUUUUCCACAGAUGUUGCGAAACGGUAUACAUGGCAGGGAAAUGAGGGAUGUUUCCUUGCAUCCAGGGCUGUACGGAAAAGAUCAAAGACUCUUCUGCUCCGGCGCAGAAGAUACAACGAUCAAACUCAACUCUAUCGAGGAGAGUGGGGAAUCCAGGUCAGUUUGGACAUUCCGGAAACAUACUUCGGGGCUACAACGCUGCAAAUUUGUGAGUAAUGAAUUUUUCAUAUCAUCUGCAGCCCGUGAGGAACUUUACUUGUGGAAAAUCUCCACAAACUUUGUUUCAAACCCGUACAUGAAAGCUAUAGCCACUUUACCGACUUCAGCAAAGUUACCGGAUCUUCGAAUUAUGGAUUUUGAUGUCCGCUUCAUCGAGGACUCACAAGACUUUGUUCUGGUGACAAUCUAUUCCGACUCUGCCAUCAAGCUUUGGUAUUUCGAUCACAAGAGUGAGAAGUUUACACUUUUUGCUUCGGGGACAUACGAAACCUGCUGUCUUUUGAAUGCCGAACUGCUUCCGCUGAAAGAUUCUCUCCUGCUGAUAGUUUCACCCAGUGACGGCCAUCUGGCCAUUUGGGAUAUAACCGAAAGCUUACCUCUUAACGUCAAAAAUGGCAAACUUCAGGAUAGCUUCUCUGGUGUUUCUACCAUUUCUGCACUCCCACCAUACUUCACCAGAUUUCUGGUACAUCGGGCUGGUGUGAAGUUUCUACAGGUGAAGCAAACAGACGAUGCAUCAUGUCUUCUAUACACUGGUGGUGAUGAUAAUGCGGUAGCCAUCUCAGAACUAAAAAUGGGCAAAGAGGAGCACAGCGUAACAUGGAAAAUUUUGAGUAUUGACGAGACCGCGGCAGCCUCAACUGUAACUGCUGGUAGUCUGAUUGACAAUGGAAAUGCCCUGCUUACUGCCUCCGUGGAUCAAAGGUUAAAGUACUACGAUAUCCGUGAGAACCGUUUGGAACUCAAGGACGUUAUGUACACGACAAAUGCUGACACAGGCUGUCUCGAUGCUACUUCGACGCCGGAUGGUACACUACUUCUUGUCGGGGGGGUCGGUUUCUCGGUCUGGAGAUUGAACUCAGCAUAA